AUGGCUUGCAAACCCGUGGAAAGACUAACUUUCUUUGAAAUAUUUAAGGCAUGUUGCAGUGAAUCAGACUUAGGGCCUAUCAGUCUCGACUGGUUUGAAGAACUCACUGCAGAAGCACCCCCAUAUGAACCUAAAUUGUUAGGAGAACUUGAUGGUCCCUUGGGCUGGAUUGAUCAAACAUCUUUUAAAAGUCCAAGGGCAAAACCCUGUGCAUACAGUCAACUGGCAUCAACUCCGCUAAUUUUUAAAGAACAAAAUAUAACAAUGCCACCUUAUUCUUCUCCUGGAAAAGAACUGGAUCAGAAAAAAAUAGGAGCAAGCAGAGAGAAUUUGAUAAGCCCACGUAUCACAAGAAGAAAAAUAGAUCAAGAAAAUGAAAUACUUGCUUCUCCUCCUGGUACCUGCUGCAACUUCCUUGCUGCUAGUCCCACUAUUUUAAGGACUACUUACAGAACACCUCAGAGAAAUAAUGUGCCUGGACCCUAUGGAAGUUUGUUUUGCACACCAAAACUUGUGGAGGUCAGAACUCCGAAACGUAUUUCUGAAAGUCUGGGAGCAGAAGUGGAUCCAGAUAUGUCCUGGUCAAGUUCUUUAGCCACACCUCCUACACUUGGUGCAACAGUGAUAAUAGCUAGAGAGAAUGAUUCUAUUUCCGGAGCAAAGCAACAGGAUGAAAGAGCUGAUACAGUUUUGCACAACUUCUUUUCCAACCACGAAAAACAUCCUGGGAUGAGUGAUACAAGUGUGCUGUCCGUACCGGAGACAGUAAAGCUAAAUGCUGAAGAUGACAUCAAAGAUUUUGAGUCGGAGAUGUUAGAUGGCUUAUUUGCUGAGAUGAAUAGCUUUGAGGAUACAUUCAGUAUGCCUGCUAAGUCCAAUGGAACUCUUCUGCUGAUGCCCCAUGCUGUGGAUGCAGUGGAGAAAUGUGAAAUAAACACAGAUAAAGCACAAGGAAAGGGGGAUGUUCCUUCUGAGCAGCCUACUAGAAGAAAGACUGGCAUUUCACAUGAAGUGGAAACAACUAGCUGGACUGAAAAAAGCCACUCUAUUGAAAUGAAAGAUUCUUUACACCAAAACACAGAGGAAGAUACAGGGGAUGGUAAAGAUGGCUGUUUAAUGGGACACGAAAAGGAACUGGAGUCACUUAGGAUCGCAGGAGAUGUGCCAGAUUAUAGAACACACAAGUCAUCUGAGAAUGAGAAGCCUGUGAAAGAUGAUGUGCAAUCUUCAUCAAGCCAGUGGUCUCAGCUGAACUUGUCUGAUCUUGAUGUAACUCACUUGGAAAUGUCUAUAUGUAGCUCUCCACCCUCUGACUUAUGUAGAGAGAAAAACUUAGAAGAGAAGUCAGUACUAAUGACCAAGGAUGAUGCUGUGGAAACACCUUUACUGAAUACUUCAGGCUUGAUAAAGGCACAAAAGCUGUUGAGUGUCAAUUUGUCAGAAAAGUGCUAUGAAGUGAAAAAUUCUGAAAACAACCCAACAUCAGAAAUAACUCCAGUAAAAUCUGUGUCUCUGAGUGUUCAAGAUCCAAAGUUAAUAAAAGGAUGUGCAGCUGAGAAGGUUUCCAAAAUGAGCUUCUUAAACUGCAAUUCUUUUUUAAUUGAAAGGACAAAUGUCACGGAGUAUUCUGUAGUCUACAAUGGCAGCUUUUCCAAGCAUUUAAAAACAACUUCUAAAUCUGUCAUAACUGAUGUUCUGUCUCACCCACUUGUAUGUAGUGCUACAUCUCCAGAUAAUUGCAAUGACCUACAUUUAAUAAAUAGUGAAAAUACUCUUACUAGGUCUGGCUUUAAAAACCUCAAUAUGUUAUCCAGCUUGAGAAAGAGAUCGAAGAGAUUUAUUUACACAAUAAACAAUACUUUACUGUAUCAAGAAGAAAAAAUACAGAAAGAAGUAACCUCUGAAUCGCCUAUUCAUCCUGUAUUACCACAUUUGGAGUCUGAUUCAUAUGAAUUUAAAGGCUGUCAUGUGGCCAGUGUUGAUGAGCAAGACUGCUUACUUCUUGCUGAGAGAAAGCAUUUGCAAUCGAAUAUCAAGGAAAAUAAUUUCAGUGCUUGUACUUUAAAAAUGGAUGUAAUGGAUAAGUCACCUGAUAAUUCCUUCAAUGAUAGGCUGAAGCAACAAGGCCUGAGAGACUUGGGGGAAAAUGCAAGAGAGGCUCAACCUGCUACAUCGUUAAAAUGCCUAGGAGUAUCUAAUACACAGAAGGAAGACAAAACAGAUUCUUUAAAUAGUGAAAUAAUUUCAAAUAUAAAACGUAAAGUUCUAACUUCAGCAUACCUAAUGGCAAAAAAGCGUUCCAGGUUGCUCCAUAAAGGCUGUUGCUUAGAGAAAGGUGAGCAAGAUAAGUACAUGAGUGCAAAUGUGAACGAUGGAGCUACUGUACCUCGGAGCCUGAAUGAAGAACUUGCGUGGUCUUCUUCUAGGGAUAAUGAACACUUGAUUGAUAUGUCUGUGACAAAUGGCGGUUUCAAUAAUACUUUGAGUCAGAUCAGCUUUGGCAUAAAUGGAGUCAGUAGUGAUUGUUGCAAUAAAAUAUCAACUGAUAAAAGGCAUGCUACAGACCACUGGUCAGUAGUUGACUGUAAAGAAGUACUUGGACCUUUGGGAAUAAACUGCUCAGAAAAUGAUAGUACUGGAUUAAAACAGGGGGAGAAAACAGAUGCAGCUGCCUUUUCAGAAGCUGUAGCCAACAAUGAAGAGCCAAAGUCAGCUGAAGAGAGUGAAAGCCUUCAAGCAGCUGCUUUCAAUAAUGUAGCUGUAGAGAUUGCUAAAGAAUUGUUAGAUUAUGUAGAUGAUAAUUCUUUAAAUGAAGUAACUUCUGAAGAAGGUAAACAAGUAGCACCUAUGUAUUCCAGCAAAAAGCCAAAUGAGAACCUAAAGCACAAAGGGAAAUCAUCAGGAAAUCUUAAUGCAUGCGGUUUGAAUCUGGGCUUUGGUGGCUUCCAGACUGCUUCCAAUAAGCAGAUUAAAUUCUCUGAAGUCAGUAUAGCAAAAGGCAGAAUGCUGUUCAAAGAUAUUGAAAAUGAAUGCUUUGAAGCCGAUUCUAUGGGAAGAGUCAGAAACUUUUCAAAUCAAGUUAAAAAGGAGAAUAUGGUUUUCUCAGGUUCAGAAAGCAAGUUGGACAGUAAUUUAUCUGGUUCUUCAGAUUCACAGACAAGUUUCCUAAAGCCUGGGCAUACGCAGUUUAUUCCACAUAAAGUUGGUUUGUGUAAAAGCAUUCCUAGAAGUCCACAGUCCUUGCAAGAAACAAGUCAAACCUUGACAGCAAGCCAAGAAGCUGAAAUCGCUGAACUUUCUAGUAUCCUGGAAGAAACAGGUAGUCAGUUUGAAUUUACACAGUUUAGAAAGCAAAGUAACGUGAUACAGAGUCAUGCCUUUCAGCAGUUUGGAACUGUAGAAACAUGUGGAACAAAGAAUGGGGAAAAUAUUUCUGAAACAAGAGAAGAUGCUGAUUUUUGUAGCACUUUUAAAUCUGAAAAUCAAGUAAAAAAUGACAAGUAUUGUACUAAGCAGGAAGACAAAAAUGAAGACUCUAAAAUGGUGGAAUAUGAAAAAGAAAAUGCAGUGGUUUUCCAUAAAAAUGACAAAAAGGUUACUUUUGCUAACUUAGACAGAAAUGAAGGUAGAAUAUCUGAUGUGAGCUUUCCAGUAGCUAAACAGGGCGGCUCUUGUAAUUUUGUAGGCUUUACUUCAGCUGGAGGUAAAAAAAUAAAUAUUUCUAAGGCGGCUUUGAACAGAUCUGCAGAGCUCUUUAGGGACUUGGAUGACGAUAACUAUUUCUUUAAGUCUUUUGAAACUAGUACUAGAUGUCACAAUUCAACUGGAGAAAACAAAAGAAAACCAGUUUGUGUUUCAGAUUUCAAAAGCAUAGAUACCAUUUCCCACACAGGUUCUGUUUCCCACCACACACAGAAAAAAAAUGAGGAAAAUAUUAGUAUACUGUUUAAGGAAAAUAUGGAAAAUCAGACAAAAAGAUCAAUAAAUGAUACUGAAAAUGAUAAUUUCAAUAGCACUAACACUAUGAUCAACAGUGUGUCAUCCAUUAAAAAACUUGACCAGAAUCAUAACAUUUCCAAACAAUUUUUGAAUCAAGGAGAUCGCCAAGUUGAAGGCAGUUUGCAAGAAGACUCGUUAGAUGUAACAUGUCUAGGAGAUGCUGUUACAACUGCAGAACAACAUAGUUUAUCAGAUGAAAUGGAAAACUUGUCUGCUAAUCAGAAAGGUGAAGACAGAAGGGAAAAUGAACAUUUGGCACAAAAAUUUCAAACUCCAGCUGGUGACGAUAUAUCCAUUUCUGAUGCAGCUAUGGCACAUUCUCUACACUUGCUCAACGUGCAGUGUGGGGAAAGAGAUAUAAAUGUUUUGGAGAACUCUGAUAAACAAAAGACAAAUCAUAAAAAUAUGGAAGAAGACACCACCCAUGAUAAGAACCCGUUAGUGAAUGAAAGCAGAAUAAAAAUAGGUUCUUACCAUCAUCAUCAAAUACCUUUUGAGCAAGAGGUGGGUGUUGAAAAGAAUGAAGUGAAAGGGAAGUAUCUGACUGGUUUUCGUACUGCUAGUGGCAAGAAAAUAACAAUCGCUGAUGGAUUUUUGGCUAAAGCUGAACAUUUUUUUGCAGAUGUUGACAUAGGAAAGGAACAUAAUGACAACUUUGAGAACCCCAUAAAGAAUAGGAAAUGUGGCAAAAACUGUGUCAAAGACUCUGAUUUAUGUAUUGAAAGCAUUGCUCAAUGUGAUCCAGAAAAACUUAAUUUUAAUAAAAAGCUUAUUCCUGAAGAACCUGGAGAUCAAUUCAAGCAGGCAGUAAAGAGCAGUCCCAUUAAACGCGCUGUGACUCUUGAUACUCCUAGUAGAGUAGAUAGACUUCUUAAUCUAGGUGAAGAUUGUGAAAGAAGUUCGGUAACUUCAUGUGCCCAUAAAAAAGCUGAUGUCAGACCUGGAAAGUCAGAAUUGGAAUCCCUUCCCAGACAGGAGAGUGAUGCUUUAAGUAGAACUUGUUUGUCUGAAGAGGGAGAACUGUUUGCAGAGAGAGAGAUGGAAUACUCGCCAAAAAAGAGGGGUGAUUCAGAAAACAUGGAUGGUAUUCCUGUGCACUCUGCUGCAUCUCUGCAUUUAAUGAAGGUAUCGAAUGACCUUGAAGAUAAUUCUGUGCCUGGAGAUACAAAAAAUAUUUUAUUUGUUGAGGAUAGUAACAAUAAAUCUAAUCAAUCCUUCCUCUUAACCUCAAAAAGUAGCUCUUCUUAUUCGAACUGCGACAGUAAGGACUUAGAACGUUUAAACAAACCUUGGGCUGAUACAAACUGCUUCACUGACACCAUAGUUAAUGCUUGCCAAAACCAGUCACUAGUCAGUCUUCCUGAAGAUGAAACUAAUUUAGCCAGGUUAAAAGAAACAACACUUAAUGUUGAAAAUCAAAAGGGUGAUCUGAAGCCAACUGUAUUUAGUACAGCAAAAGGUAAAGCAGUUCCUGUUUCGGAAAGUGCAUUAGCAAGAGUCAGACAAAUGUUUCAUGAAGACUACAGUGAACCUGUGAAAUACGAAAUGGAGACUAACUCAAGAACUAAUCAAUCAGAAAUUGCUGGGAAUUCAUCUUCUGUCAUUCAUGCUGAGUGUCCUAAUUCCACUAAGUUUUUAAAUGCUGCGAGAAGCAAAGAGAUUAAUUCAGCCACCUCCCAUUUUAUUAAAGUAAACGCAAGUGCUAGUGAAAAUGGUCACCAAGAUACAAACACUUUUGCAGAUGCAAAGUCUGUUUCAAAUUCUCAGAGGCAACGCUUUGAACAGAAUAUCAAGCUUUUAGGGCACUUGCCUGUUCCAGAUAAGCAGGUAAAGCAGUCACAUUGUUCUACAAGCAACCUUGGACUUUUUAGUACAGCAAGUGGUAAGCCUGUACAACUCUCAGUAGAGUCACUGAGGAAAGCUAGACAGCUCUUUUCUGAAAUGGAAGGUGAUCUUUCGUCGCAUGUCCAAGAAGCAUUUUUAGUUGAGGAAAAUGUUGAAAAGUCUGAAAUGCACACUGAAGUAGUUCCUAGGAAAAUGCGGAUGGUAUUACCAAAAGGGGAAGAAAAUGCCAGCACUGAAUUGAUUUCAGAUCUUGCUUUUGGGUUCAGCACUGCAAGUGGAAAGCAGGUGACAGUCUCUAAAAAUGCCUAUCAGAAAGCAAAGGCAAUUUUAAAAGAGUCUGAUGACUUUUGGAGCAGUGGACUUUGCAUUACAGAUCAACUUAGUUCAAUUAAAGAGAGUGGUCAACAAAUAAAAUCUUUGACUGAUAAAGUCACCUCAGAAUCCAAAAUUGAAAAAAGCUGUAAUGAAGACUUUGACUUAAAAAGCAUCUACCCUGAGGAAAUGAAGUCUUUUCCGAGCCCUCGCCAUGUCAAAAUGCGUGAGUAUGUACCACAUAGUACGAAACCCAAGCAGAUAACAUCAUUUAAAAAUAGCUUUCAGCAAGGGGAGACUGGGUCUUUUGGAAAAGGGCAGCAGAAUCUAGGGAUGAAAACAGAAUCUGAAGCAAUUUCAGGCAGUGCUACUGCUGAAGCAGAAACGAAUAUUCAUCUUCUCCAAACUCCAAAGAAUUACUUGGAAGUGGAGGCUGUAGAAAGUGCAAGGGCUUUUAUGGAAGACGAUCUUUCUGGUUCUGGAGUACACAUUAAUGCUGCACAGUCCUUCAGUGGCAGACUGGAUAAAAACUUUCAAAAUAAGACUUUUGGGAAGAGGCACUUGGAAGAAGAAAAUUCACUCGGAGAACCUCCAAUUAAAAGACAGCUACUGCUUGAAUUUAACAGAACAAAGAAUCCCUCCAGAUCUUUGAAAGCUUCGAAAAGCACUCCUGAUGGCAUUUUCAAAGACAGAAGAAAAUUUAUGUACCAUGUUCCUUUAAAACCCAUAACUUGUCAACCUUUUGGGGCUACUAAAGAACGACAAGAAGUCAAGAACCCUACCUUUACUCUACCAGAUCAAGACUUCAAAGGAUUCAAAUCUAAACCUGCCAUUUUUCAGCACUGUGCACUAAGGCAGUCUUUAAAUGGUACCUCAGGGGUUGCUACACCAUGUAAGGCCUCCGCAAAAGGCAGUGAAGAAACAAGAAGUUUGCACAAAUCUGGCAAAACUGCUAAAACUUUUAUUCCACCCUUCAAGACCAAGCUGACAUUUUCUACAGGUGAACAAGGCAGCAGCAAAAGCUGUGACUUGCCGAUCAGCAAAAAUAUGACUGAAGAGAUGCAAUUAAAUCAGAUCACAACUGAGCAAAAUAUUGCGGAACCUCAAGAUCACCAGUCUUGCAUCCAGCAUGCAGCAGACACUGACCUAGAAAAUGGCAAUUUAGCUAUGGUCAAGAUGAUGACAAAUCUCCGCUGUGCCAGAGAUCUGCAGGAAAUGAGAAUUAAAAAGAAAUACAGGCAAAAUAUUAGCUCCCAGCCAGGAAGUCUUUAUGUCAUUAAAACAUCUGCAAGAAAUAGAAUCUCUCUGAAAACUGCAGUAGAAGAGAAAUCUCCUAGUUUUUAUUCUACAGAAGAGCUUUACAUGUGCGGUGUUUCGAAAGAGUGCAUACAAGUUAACAGCACAAAUGCAGAAUCUUUCCAGUUUCUCCUCAAAGACUUUUUCAGUAAGGAGUAUUUAUUAGCUGGAAAUGGGAUGCAACUUGCUGAUGGAGGAUGGCUAAUACCUACAGAUGAGGGAAAAGCUGGAAAAAGGGAGUUUUACAGAGCCCUCUGUGACACUCCUGGUGUGGAUCCCAAGCUAAUAACGGAGGCCUGGGUUUACAAUCACUAUAGGUGGAUUGUAUGGAAAUUGGCAGCCAUGGAAGUAUCUUUUCCACAUGAAUUUGCUAACAGAUGUUUGACACCAGAAACAGUGCUGUUGCAAUUGAAAUAUAGGUAUGAUUUGGAAGUUGAUAAAAGUAAACGAUCAGCAAUCAAAAAAAUAAUGGAAAGAGAUGAUGCAGCAGGUAAAACACUUGUGCUGUGUAUUUCUAAAAUCAUAUCGCUAAACACCGUUGUAUCUCCUAGCAGUAGCAAUAAGAUUGUGGAAAGUAAAAAAGCAGCAGCAAUAAUUGAAGUUACUGAUGGCUGGUAUGGGAUUAGAGCUCUUCUGGAUCCACCUCUCAAAGCUUUCCUACAUAGAAGAAGGCUGACUGUUGGUCAGAAGAUCAUAGUGCAUGGAGCAGAACUUGUUGGCUCUCAGAAUGGAUGUACGCCACUGGAAGCCCCAGAUUCCCUUAUGUUAAAGAUCUCAGCGAACAGCACUCGAUGUGCACGAUGGCAUGCAAAACUAGGAUUUCAUCGGGAUCCCAGACCUUUUCCUUUGCCUUUGUCAUCACUUUACAGUGAGGGUGGUGCAGUGGGGUGUAUUGAUGUAGUGAUUCAAAGAACUUAUCCUAUUCAGUGGAUGGAAAAGAUAGCUGGUUCAUGCGUGUUUCGCAACAGCCGAGCUGAAGAAAGGGAAGCUGCCAAGCAUGCAGAGGAUCAACAAAAGAAACUGGAAGCUCUAUUUGCAAAAAUCCAAGCAGAAUAUGAAAACCAUGAAGAGAGAACCAGCAGAAGAACACCAAGAUCACACAUAGUCACAAGACAACAAAUCCAUAAUUUGCAAGAUGGUGCAGAACUUUACGAAGCAAUUCAGAAUGCGUCUGAUCCUGGUUAUAUGGAGGGAUAUCUCAGUGAAGACCAAUUAAAAGCUCUGAAUGCUCACAGGCAGUUAAUGAAUGAUAAAAAGCAAACUCAGAUACAGGAAGAAUUCAAGAAGGCUUUAGAGUCAGCAGAACGGGAAGAAAAUGGUUGUUCUAAAAGAGACGUGUCUACUGUAUGGAGACUACGUGUGGUAGACUACAGAAAGCAAGAAAAACGUAAUGGAGUGAUACUGAGUAUCUGGCGUCCACUGCCAGAUGUUUGUUCAUUGUUAAAGGAAGGCAAUCGGUACAGAAUCUACCAGCUGUCAGCAUCACAGUACAAAGGAAGAUCAGACUCAACUAACGUACAAUUAACAGCAACAAAGAAAACUCAGUAUCUACAACUAUCAGUAUCACAGGAGAUGCUGGUACAGAUUUUCUUUCCAAGAAAGGCUCUAAAAUUCACCAGUUUGUCGGAUCCUUCGUUUCAGCCACCAAGUGCUGAAGUUGAUUUAGUCGGACUUGUAGUUUCUGUUAGCAGGACAGGUUUCACUACUAUGGUGUACUUAUCUGAUGAAAGCUGUAAUUUAGUGGCAGUAAAGAUCCGGGCAGAUCUCAGACACUUUGCUAUUGAAGAUAUAGUUGUUUGCUGUUCGUUCAUUUCUGCAAGCAACCUUCAGUGGCAAUCUGAAUUCAGAUCAGAAAUUCCAGUGCUGUUGGCUGGAGAUCUUUCUGUAUUCUCAGCCAGUCCAAAGGAAAAAUAUCUUCAAGAGAAGGUUAAUGAACUGAGAAGUACGAUAGAGAAUGUGGCCGCCUUUUGCUCUGAUGCAGAAAGUAAAUUGAUGAAUUUGCUACGAAGAAAUCUCUCGCUUACACCCAGUUUAACUAAAAGACGUGACUUGGAAUGCCCCUCUCCUUCCUGCAACUCAGGUCUUUAUGCAGAGGAUAAAAGUUUGAUCUCUUCUAAAAUUGAAGUAAAGCAUCCAAGCCCCUUGUCAACUAGCACACCGAAUAUGAAACUUGUGACACAAGGGUCGGCAAAAACACCUUCGCCUGCUACAAUUCAUGAAGACCAUCCCAGAAACAGCAAAAAGAGGAAAGCAAUGGACUUCCUCAGUUGCAUAGCUGCCCCUCCACCACUGACACCAAUGUGUUCAAUAAUUUCUCCAUCUUUAAAAAAAGCAUUUCAGCCUCCACGAAGUUUGGGUUUACAGCGUAGCAAGUCAUCAAAAGAAACAAAUCAGAAUAUUGGUCACGUCACCCCCUGUAGAAAACUGAGGGAAACUGUCCGUCUUCCUGAGAAUGACCUGGUUGCUGAUGAAGAACUUGCAAUGAUUAAUACACAAGCACUCAUGAAUAAUUUACCAGAAGAAAAGAAGAUUGAUAAUGUAAAUAAAACCAGCAAUACAAUAGCUACUAAUUCAUCUGAUGAUCUGUCACGCAAAAAUAAUUCCAGGUCUACUGGGGAAGCAAACAACUCAUCAAAACGUAGUUCUGAAGUAGCUGAGGCUCUUCAGAAGGACACAAAGGAACCUGAGGACUCGUUACCAGCCCGCAGAAUGCUACAAAGACAGAAACCCCAAAAAUGCUACUAA